AUGGCCAGGCCCCACCCUGCCUUCACCAAGUCACUAGCCAGAGCCCAGGCCUCAGUCCCUCACCCUGCCAGAGCCCAGGCCUCAGUCCCUCAGCCCCCCACCCUGCCAGAGCCCAGGCCUCAGUCCCUCAGCCCCCCACCCUGCCAGAGCCCAGGCCUCAGUCCCUCAGCCCCCCACCCUGCCAGAGCCCAGGCCUCAGUCCCUCAUCCUGCCAGAGCCCAGGCCUCAGUCCCUCACCCUGCCAGAGCCCAGGCCUCAGUCCCUCACCCUGCCAGAGCCCAGGCCUCAGUCCCUCAGUCCCCCACCCUGCCAGAGUCCAGGCUUCAGUCCCUCAGUCCCCCACCCUGCCAGAGCCCAGGCCUCAGUCCCUCAGUCCCCCACCCUGCCAGAGGCCUCAGCCCCCCACCCUGCCAGAGUCCAGGCCUCAGCCCCCCACCCUGCCAGAGUCCAGGCCUCAGCCCCCCACCCUGCCAGAGCCCAGGCCUCAGUCCCUCAGUCCCCCACCCUGCUAGAGCCCAGGCCUCAGUCCCUCAGCCCCCCACCCUGCCAGAGUCCAGGCCUCAGUCCCUCACCCUGCCCGAGUCCAGGCCUCAGCCCCCCACCCUGCCAGAGUCCAGGCCUCAGUCCUCCACCCUGCCAGAGCCCAGGCCUCAGUCCCUCAGCCCCCCACCCUGCCAGAGCCCAGGCCUCAGUCCCCCCACCCUGCCAGAGCCCAGGCCUCAGUCCUCCACCCUGCCAGAGCCCAGGCCUCAGUCCCUCAGCCCCCCACCCUGCCAGAGUCCAGGCCUCAGCCCCCCACCCUGCCAGAGUCCAGGCCUCAGUCCCUCACCCUGCCAGAGUCCAGGCCUCAGUCCCCCAGUCCCUCAUCCUGCCAGAGUCCAGGCCUCAGUCCCUCACCCUGCCAGAGCCCAGGCCUCAGUCCCUCAGUCCCCCACCCUGCCAGAGUCCAGGCCUCAGUCCCUCAGUCCCCCACCCUGCCAGAGCCCAGGCCUCAGUCCCUCAGUCCCCCACCCUGCCAGAGCCCAGGCCUCAGUCCCUCAGCCCCCCCACCCUGCCAGAGUCCAGGCCUCAGUCCCUCACCCUGCCCGAGUCCAGGCCUCAGCCCCCCACCCUGCCACAGUCCAGGCCUCAGUCCUCCACCCUGCCAGAGCCCAGGCCUCAGUCCCUCAGCCCCCCACCCUGCCAGAGCCCAGGCCUCAGCCCCCCACCCUGCCAGAGCCCAGGCCUCAGUCCCUCACCCUGCCAGAGUCCAGGCCUCAGUCCCCCACCCUGCCAGAGUCCAGGCCUCAGUCCCCCAGUCCCCCACCCUGCCAGAGUCCAGGCCUCAGUCCCCCACCCUGCCAGAGCCCAGGCCUCAGUCCCCCACCCUGCCAGAGCCCAGGCCUCAGUCCCCCACCCUGCCAGAGCCCAGGCCUCAGUCCCCCACCCUGCCAGAGUCCAGGCCUCAGUCCCCCAGUCCCCCACCCUGCCAGAGUCCAGGCCUCAGUCCCCCACCCUGCCAGAGCCCAGGCCUCAGUCCCCCACCCUGCCAGAGCCCAGGCCUCAGUCCCCCACCCUGCCAGAGUCCAGGCUCUCCUCAAAGAGCUACUCAAAUAA